UAUGCUGGGAUACAUGACAGGUCCCAGAAGGCGCCGGGCCAUUCACAAAGCGCAGCGCUUCUUGCGCAUGCCCAUCUCUGGUCAUCCCCUGUACUAUGUCCGCAGUCUCUGGUCAUCCCCUGUACUAUGUCCGCAGUCUCUGGUCAUCUCCUGUACUGUGUCCGCAGUCUCUGGUCAUCUCCUGUACUGUGUCCGCAGACUCUGGUCAUUUCCUGUACUGUGUCUGCAGUCUCUGGUCAUCUCCUGUACUGUGUCUGCAAUCUCUGGUCAUUUCCUGUACUAUGUCUGCAGUCCAUUGGUUCAGAAUAUUUUUUUUUUCGUUUUCCGCCUCUAAAACCUAG